AUGACCACAUUUCCGCAAUACUACAUUCCCAUCUACGAGGUCAAGUUUGCCACCAUCGUCCUCGGCGGCCUCCUGGCUCUGGCCAUCGCGGGUCUGAUCGCUUUGAGUGUACUUUUGUCACGGCGUCCGCAGCCUGAAGAGUUUCGUCGUGAGAUUCGUCUUGCUGCGCCCGGCGCCGCUCCCGGCUCCCUCUUUCAACAGGCCUUCAAG